AUGGCUCGAUUCAGCGGCGUCGUUUUGGUGCUUAUUGCUGCUCUGUUGCUGGCUUCGACCGGGGCGCAAUCCCCUGCAUCGUCGCCAGCCAAGUCUCCUACGCUUUCUCCCAAACAAGCUCCUGCCGCCCCUUCUCCGUCGAGCACUCCACCUACUGCCGCCGCUCCUUCUCCUUUGAGCACUCCACCUACGGCCGCCGCUCCUUCUCCAUCGAGCACUUCAUCAUCGACUUCUCCUUCGACAUCUCCCUCGACAUCUCCCGUCGCCUACUCUCCACCUUCUCCCCCAUCGUCGUCUCCGCCUACUUCUCCCUCGUCAGUUACUCGAUCUCCCUCCGAGGCUCCCCUUCCUGGUAACGGUGCCGUUUUGAAUAGGUUCUCCGCCGCCGGGUCUGUGGCCGUUGGGAUUUUCGCUGCUGUUUUGGUCAUGUAG